GUGUGAUCAAUCCACGCUGAUUUGUUCCCUAUUGGAGUGAAAAGAUGCGACUGUGUUUUGGAGUGGGUAGAAUGCAGCUAGGGCAACACUGAGAUUCAGUGAGCUGGCAGGUGACAGAACAUCCAAUUUCACUCUUUUACUAAACUUGACAUGGUCCCCACAACUUCUCUGAUACCACGUUCGCAGAUAGAUACUUCUCUCGCAUCCACAGUGGUAUGGUCCGGACGAGGCCCAACGAUGACGAACACAGUCAGUGCGUGGAUUGUUGUGCCCACGCGAACGGAGUUCUAUCCCAAGAGAGAAGGUCUGGCCAGUGGCCGCGGACGCCAGCCUCAAAGGUUUUAGUCCAGACAAAAAUGGGGGUGAGAAUUCCAACGGAAGCUCCCAAGACAAGGCCAAUACACGACAAGCAUUGUGGAAAUAAUAACCAUGGUCAUGGCUCACCUACACUCGGAAAGAAGAAGAAGCAUCUAGCUCCUGAUUGGAUUGUUUUGCACCAGAAGGUGUCCGAGCGAGUGAUAGCAAAACCUUCAGCUGCGGUCAAUGCCGAUCGCCCUGGUGUCCCGAUCAGCUGGCCCUUUCCAACCCAAUGCUGCAUAUAUACAAUCAGUUGUCUGGUUAUGUUUCGGAACCAAAUGUUCCUAGAUACUUUCUCGCUAAUGGUAGUCGGCUGCCAGGACUUUGCCGAUCGCGCUGCGCAAAAAACAAUUGGAAAAAAACAACUCUUUCCCACAGUUAGACUGGGAUGGGCAAGUCCAAUACCACUUCUGGGGUGUCCGAGCCGAGGUUGCAUUAUAACCAUACUCAUCGGUCUCACUUUUUGUUCUUUGGGUAAUGCAUCCCUUGCACCGACCUCGCGUACGUCUGAAUUUGAGUGCAGCAAGGUUCUGAUAUAAUAGCCGAGUCAAGCAAUAAUCACCCCGCCCGCCGAGCGGUGCGAUGUCAGAAUAUGCGCCUUGAGAUGUGGUCCAUCAUAAAACCCAGCAGGUACCGAUCUGAUGUGCAAGACGGUCUCAUGCCAAAAUAUUUCAAUGUUGUCGUCGCAUACAAUAUGUUCUACUGCCUACAUGAACUUGGAGGAUGCCGUCUAUAAGA